AUGGCAGAGUGCCGAAGACCACAGUCCCAUACUGUGGAGGAAGCUAUCGCAUUCGUCAGUGGCAAGUUUGCCGAUAUGGAAAACGAUUUGGCGUUGGUCGAAAAAAAAUUAAUUGCCGAAAUGAGUUCCAUUUAUGGCAACGAUAUUUUCGAGUUACACUCACGUUGUCAAGAUUUAAAAAAACAGGUCAAAAAAAUUACAUCUGAUCUUGCAGAACUAUACAAUGCAAGGCAGCAACUGGUUAACGUUAUCGAAAAUCAACUCCAACAAUCCGCAUCUCUGAAAAAUAUCGAGAAAUUGUUGGACCCGAAUAAGGUUGACGAGGAUACCCAGUUGAUGGAGAUGCUAGGAUCUCACUAUAAGGGUAUAUGGUAUGACGUGGAAACUGAUGUUGAAGAACCAGAGGAAGUUGAAACCGUAAAAAUUUUAACUCCACUGUCACUAAUCGGCAGCCUUGAAAUCACGCCAACUAAAGUUGAAGCACCACCUCCUGAGCCUGAAUUUAAACCAGUAUCACAAAAACAGUAUGACAACGUUCCAUCUUUGGUCAAAAGAAGAGCCAAAUUGGAACAGGUCAACGAGCUGUACCUUUUCCUGUUUAAAAUGGCGGUAGAACGCAAAAGGAGUCUACCAAUUAAACUUAAAGAAAUAUCACAGGGAGGGAUACAGGUGUUCGGGCAGACAGGUUCAUCUAAAAUUGCUGCAUUGCGCUACCUGAAAAUAGUCGAGCUCAAUAACAGAGACGAAACGGUCACGCUGCUAGACGAUAGGUUCCAGGAUACACACCAAAAACGUAAAAGGACAAGGCAUAAUUAA